AUGAUACAGGUCAUCGGUGAUCUACAACUUUUUGAAGAGGAAUUUUGGAUUUUCCCUGCAAAUUUGUCUGUUGAUGAAGAAACAAGUGAUAGAUGUAUGUCUGAGCUGAUUGGUUCUCACAAGUCACAUGGGGAAUCAUGUGACAUCAGCAGUAUAUGUGCACAUACAAUGACAGCCCCAGGGUUGCUGGGAUAUGGCAUCACUCAUCAAAUUCUGUGGACUAUGCUAGCUGAUAAGGCUGGUUGUACUGCGAAGCUUCAGGCACGACUUUUUGAACUAGGACGUGGUGACAUGACAACUUUGAGACAGGAACUCUGUACCAAUAACUACAUUCAGUUGAGAGAAACUGUGGCAAAAUUUUCUAAUGGGAUAAUUCCGGCAAUCCAGGAUCUUUUUCUUGAACAAAUGUUUGUGUGUCCAAGUCUGGGAUUUGUCGAGUUUUUAGACUUAGAUUUUCUACCACAAAUUCUGUCAUGGCAGUCAGAAAGUGGUUGCUACGGUAAAAUGAAAAGAAUGAAGAACAACAAGCCACUAAGAUUAGAUCCAGAAUUAACUGGUGAAAUCGGUGAAGAUUAUGUGGAUGAAGAAGAAGAGAAGAACAAAGCAGAUAUAUUUGCACAAGUCAAAGCUGUAGAUGUGAUAAAAAGUAAAAUGAAUAGAACAGCAGAAAAUUUGAGAUUAGAAAGCAAGCUGCAUGACAACAGGAAGUUCCAGAAACAAAAUGAUGCAGUAUGGGAAAUGUCAGAACACAAAGGGAGAAAACUCUUAGUUGAGAAAUCAAUGUCAGGCGGAUGUCUUGCCCAUAAAACAGCAGUUGCUAGUGGUGCUCUGAUCAUGUACUUAAGGUAUUUGUGUGAGCCUGAUGCUAACAAGCUAUUUUCGGUAAAACGUAAAUUACGCUCUGCCGAACCACUCCUGGACAGAGGUAAAAUUGUUAACAUUCCUCAACAAGUUAAUCCUGCUCAGAAUAAUGGUUCAGCUAUUGGUGGUGGUGCUAUAUAUCAGAAAAAUAUCCUUGCCAACAGACACGAUCUUAAUGGUGAUGGUGGUGGAGGGAUAGAAAAGCUGAAAAUGAACUUGAAUAGGGAAAAUGAACUUGUAAAUCCUUUAGAUCGACUUGAUAAAUUUCAUAAAACUUUUGAGGAAUUUAAGAAUACGUCAAAUGCAAAAAUUGAGUUAAAUGGAAAAGAGUCUAUACAAGAAUUAAAUAUAAUUAAUAAGGCAGGUGCAAUAAAACCAAUAGAAGAUAAGCUAGUCAUAAAUGAUAAACUUGAUGCUAAUAAAGAUGAUGAAAAUUAUGAUUAUAAAUAUGAUGAUAAUAACGAAAAUGAUGAUGAGGAUGAGGAGGAGGAUGAGGACGAAGAUGAAGAUGAAGAGUAUCCCGAUUAUGAUAAACGAGACGAUGGUGAAAUUGAUCGAAAUUUGAAUCAGUAUUAUGACAAAGAUCAAAAUGGUGAGUUAAAACCUAUGGAUGAUAAUGAUAAUAACCCUGAUAAUGAUAAUGAUGAUGAUGAUGAUGAUUAUAAUGCAGAUGAUGGUUAUAAUGAUGGUUAUGACGAUAAUGAUCAAGAAAACGUACAUCCACACAUUAACGCUCGCAAUAUUGGGCAUGGCAAGAGUAGAGACUAUGAUAAAGAGGGAUUUGAUGACGACGAUGAUAGGUUGAAAAUUGUGAAAGAUUAUGAUGACGAUGAAGAAGAUGGUGAUGAUUACGAGUAUGAUGAUAAAAAUGACAUGAUUGAACAGAGACAAGAAGAAGAGACAAAAAACGAAUUUAUUCUUGGUAAACCUGAGAAAAAGGUUAUAGACUCUCGCCGACCAGUUAUGGCAGGCGAACACAUAUCAGAACAAUCCAUGUUAUCAACAACGACGUUUGUAAUUUUCAUUAUAUCAUUAGUUAUUUUAGUUGUUUUAUAUCGAUUUAUUCGAAAAAGACGAAUUAGGUUGAGGAUGGGGCAUAAAUACUUUCAUGUUUGAAUUUACUGUGAUAUAGCAAUACAAAAAGAUGCCAUUUUGUGAAUAAUGCCAUAUGCGUAUGUAAGUGCUAAAUGUUAUACGUGACAACUUAUUUGUUAAGUGCAUUAAAGGGGCAUACCUGCAGAUUUAUGUCAGAUUUUAAAAAUACUUCCAUUUGUUAAUCUUUAUGAGUAAUGCAAAGUAAUUCAGUGAGUACUCUACAGUAUUUAUUAAUAAAUACUUAAUAAAGGUUUGGUUUCUAAUCAGUAAAUGUAGAAAAGCUGUCUACGUCAUUAGUUGCAUACUAAAUCAAAGCCUUGAAAUGUCUGAUGGUUGCGGGUUUUUGGUAGAUUUAAUUUCUGUUAAAAUGCUAGUCUAUGCAUAUACAUGAAUGACUGAGAAAUGAAUACAAAUUUAAUGUGCCUCAUAUCUAAGAUGAACUCUGCCUGACCCAGCUUGUGAUGUAACCAUGGGCUGGAAUACCUUAUCAUGGAUAGAUUUUAUAUAAUCUAAAUGGUCAGUGCGUGUGGAUACAGGUUGAAUAAGAACUGCUAGUUCAUUGAAAAUUCAUCCGCAUUGUUCAUGAAUGGGACUAUUUUGUGUAGCACAUCCUUUGGAUGUGAUUCGGAAUCAAAUAAAGAUGAUAUGAUUGUCAGAAAUACACUUUAAUUUUGGUAGCGGGAUAAACCCGCAACCAAAAAAUAAUUGAUGUAAGAUUGACAAAAUUUAAUUCAGUAUCAUUUUCAUGAAGUAUAAAUUGCACCAAGUUGUGAUAUUUAAUAUUCUUAAAGAUAUUGCUGUUGUUGUUGUUUUUGUUUUUAUUUCUUUUUUUUCUUUUUUUCAAUUUAUUUUGGGAUGUACAACUAGAGGUAUGCCCCUUUAAAAAGCGAUUAAGGAUGUUUGUCACUUUAAAUUUUGAAUAUUUUUUACAUUGUUGAGAGUCAGUUUUGAACAUUUAGUUAGAAUGAGGAAGUUGUUAUAUUUAGCCUCUAAUGUUAAGGUUGGGUGAAAAUUUUUAAAUGAAUUAACUUUAAGGAAGGCUGGAAGAGCCAUUCAAAAACAUUUUUUCAUUGUCUUGUUAAUCAGAUAUCUUUUGUUGAUUUUUUAAAAUGAUUGUUUCUAAGGAUAUGCAGGAAAUGAUUAUUAUUGGUCGUUCUUUAGAUCAGAUGUUUAAAAUAGUAUUUGAAGAUGUAAGAUAAAAGUAUAUCCUGGUUGUUUUUACAGACAAACCUGAGCUAAAGGUCACCUGUGAACAAAAACCUCCUGAUUCCAAGAUCUUUUAGUUUUAUAUAAGAAUUAAAAAUUUGCAGUGCACUGUGAAAUCAGCAAUUUUUGUUUGGGAUAAAUCUUUGUGGAUUCACGGUUCCAUCAGUGGUUGAAAUUAAACCCCCAGUGAACAAAGUAUUAAUAAAAUUAAACCAGUACUAUUGAUUUUAUGUUAACCCUUACCCUGCUAAAUUUCUGUAAUGAACUUGUCCAUCUUUCAAUAUGGACAUUACCAUUAAUUGUUAAAAGGGGUAAUUACCAAAAAUAUACUGACUGAAUGGCGAACAGUGCAGAUCAUUAUCAGACUGCACAGAUAUGCAGACUGAUCAUGAUCUACACUGGUCCCAAUGGAAGAAUCAAUUGUGUCCAGCAUGAUAAGGAUUAAGAAUACGAAAUCCAGGGAAAAUAUCAGUUUUUGUCAUAAAUGAUGAAAUUUCAUGCCAUGGAAAUUGAAUUAUUUCAGUGUAUUUUUAACCUGUGAAAGAAAACCACCUUCACAUGAAAAACCACUUCUCUGCUCUCUCAAUAGUACAUGUAUACACUUACUGACCAGCAAGCCAUUCAGUAAGUGUUUUAUUACAUGACAUCAUCAGAAAUAAAUUUUCGUACUUUUUUUUCUUUCAAGUUUUUACUUAAGCCUAGCAAAAUGUAGUGUUGAACUAUAGACUGGUCAAUAGCACAAACUACAGACCAGUGAUUUAUAUAAGGACUAAGGAGUCCUGUAAAAAUGGUCUUUAUUUACAGGUUUGACUGUAAUUUUAGGUAUUGCAUAAUAUGUACAAAAAUGCAGUUUUUUGCUUUUAUUUUUAGCUCAUCUGAUUUUUUGAAAAAAAAUGAUGAGUUAUUUUCAUCACUUGAGCGGUUGUCGGCGUCGGCGUCGGCGUUGCCUGGUUAAGUUUUAUGUUUAGGUCAGCUUUUCUCCUAAACUAUCAAAGCUAUUGCUUUGAAACUUAGAAUACUUGUUCACCAUCAUAAGCUGACCCUGUAUAGCAAGAAACAUAACUCCAUCUUGCUUUUUGCAAGAUUUAUGGCCCCUUUUGUACUUAGAAAAUAUCAGAUUUCUUGGUUAAGUUUUAUGUUUAGGUCAACUUUUCUCCUAAACUAUCAAAGCUAUUGCUUUGAAACUUGGAAUACUUGUUCACCAUCAUAAGCAGACCCUGUACAUCAAGAAACAUAACUCCAUCUUGCUUUUUGCAAGAAUUAUUGCCCCUUUUGGACUUAGAAAAUCAGUUUUCUUGGUUAAGUUUUAUGUUUAGGUCAGCUUUUAUCCUAAACUAUCAAAGCUAUUGCUUUAAAACUUGCAACACUUGUUCACCAUCAUAAGCUGACCCUGUACAGCAAGAAAUAUAACUCCAUCCUGCUUUUUGCAAGAUUUAUGGCCCCUUUUGGACUUAGAAAAUAUCAGAUUUCUUGGUUAAGUUUUAUGUUUAGGUCAACUUUUUCUCUUAAACUUCAAAGCUAUUGCUUUGAAACUUGCAACACUUGUUCACCAUCAUAAGCUGACCCUGUACAGCAAGCAACAUAACUCCAUCCUGCUUUUUGCAAUAAUUAUUGCCCCUUUUGGACUUAGAAAAUCAUUUUCUUGGUUGAGUAUUAUGUUUAAGGCAACUUUUCUCAUAAACUAUCAAAGCUAUUGCUUUAAAACUUGCAACAGUUUUUCACCAUCAUAAGUGGACACUGUACAUCAAGAAACAUAACUCUAUCCUGCUUUUUGCAAGAAUGAUGGCCCUUUUUAGACUUAGAAAAUCAUGGGUAGGACAAUAUUUCUAUUAUACAAAAAAAAUCAGAUGAGCGUCAGCACCCGCAAGGCGGUGCUCUUGUUUUACACUUUGGUAACCUUGAACGAGACUUUAGUAACCUUGAACGAGAGUGCCUCUAGCUUUAUGUCAGAUUUUGCAGAAUAUAGAAAGAAAUUGCAUUGCUAGUGAACAAACAAUCAUCAGUUUAGUUACGACAGUAUUUUUAGCUCACCUGUCACAAAGUGACAAGGUGAGCUUUUGUGAUCGCGCGGUGUCCGUCGUCCGUCGUCCGUCCGUGCGUCCGUCCGUGCGUGCGUCCGUAAACUUUUGCUUGUGACCACUCUAGAGGUCACAUUUUUCAUGGGAUCUUUAUGAAAGUUGGUCAGAAUGUUCAUCUUGAUGAUAUCUAGGUCAAGUUCGAAACUGGGUCACGUGCCAUCAAAAACUAGGUCAGUAGGUCUAAAAAUAGAAAAACCUUGUGACCUCUCUAGAGGCCAUAUAUUUCAAAAGAUCUUCAUGAAAAUUGGUUAGAAUGUUCACCUUGAUGAUAUCUAGGUCAAGUUCGAAACUGGGUCACGUGGGGUCAAACACUAGGUCAGUAGGUCUAAAAAUAGAAAAACCUUGUGACCUCUCUA